UAGAACAUGGAUUUCAUAUACAACGGAAUAAUCAACAGUGUUAUAGGGGAGUUGACUGUACUGCAAAAUGGAGGAACCCUGCACAUCAAAAACCAGAAAAUAGUGACUUCAGAUCCACAGAAGGAAUCAUAGAAGAUGCAGACAAUCGAAGAGGAUGAGCAAUCUUCAAUUGAAUGUUUUGAAGAAGAACAAGAUUCCGAAUUGAAAGAAGACGAAAGAAGAAAAAAGUAUGAAAUAAUCAGUUUUUUAGGAAUGAUGGAUCUGGAUAAAAGGUUGGAGAGAUUAUAUGAGCUGAGAAAAAGAUACAUUAAAGAUGUACAGUUCUUCAGAUGUCACCUCCGAGAAGAAACCACUUUAAGAACACUUCAACUGAGGAAAUCCAUCAGAAAAGAUAUUUGUAGAAAAGAUGUGUGGAAGAUAGAGAGAUUAAUUUUGAAAUCAGUCAUUAGAAAGAAAGAAGAAAGUGUUGAAUGGCAGAAAAAUUUGGUCCUCAACUUAUCAUCGAAAGAAAUACCAGAAGACUAUAUGCGGUUCUUAUCAUACGGAGCUGAAAAAAAAAGUUGAAAUUAGAAUAAAAAUCUGUGAAGUCUGAAAAAAAAUUAUCAUCAAGAAAGGGUGCAUUCAGGAUCAUAGGGCAAGACAUUAUAUAGAAAAUAAGAUACAAGCAAUUAUAUCUGAAGGAAGCUUUGAAAGAUUGGAGAAAGAUCCGUUUAUUGAAAUACAAUGAACAUUAACAAAGAUAUUGAAGAAACUUGUGAAAGAAGGUUAUAUCCAGGCGAAUCUAAGUAAAGAAAUACUUCCAAAGGAAAAUGUAAGAAUUCCUAAAUGAACUGUCAGAAUUAAAACACAAACAAAAUAAAUGUAGACCAAUCAUAGACUAGAUUCACAUUGUUAUAUAACCUGGAAAUGUUUAUUAAGAAGUUAUUACAGGAUAUACAAAACUCGAAAUAUACAGUUAAAAAUGCUGAUGACUUGAUGAUAAUAUCAAGAUUACAAAAAGGCGUAAUCUUACCUAAUUAUAAACUGAUGAGUUUGGAUAUAACAUCUAUGUACCCUUCCAUUACUAAACAUAUGAUUUUGAGCAGUCUAUUGAAAGAAAAUUUUUAUCGACAAACAGAAGGUAUUUGUAUGGGUUCCGUAAUAGGACCAAAACUAGCCGAAAUUUAUAUGCUGAAUGUGGACAUGAUUUUAUCAACGUUAAAUGGAGUUAAGUUUUUUGCAAGGUACGUCAAUGAUAUUUUGAUAGUGUAUGAUAGUGCAGUCACAACAAAUUUGCAAAUUUUGGAACAAGCUAAUAAAAUUAAUUUGAAUAUUAAGUUUACUCAAGAACAUGAAUUAAAUAGUCAAUUAAGUUACUUAGAUGUAAUAAUUAAAAGAUUUGAAGACCAUUUGGAAUAUUGUACAUUUGAAAAACCGUGUAACACGAGAAUAGUAAGUAAUUAUAAAUCAUACUGUCCUUUAAAUCAAAAAUAUAAUGUAUAUCUGAUGGAAAUAACAAAGAUUUUUUCUAGAACAACAAAUAUAGAUGAAAGAGAAACAGAAAUUGGAGAUACACAUAAGAAAUAUAUUUUAAAUGGAUACCCAAAAAAAUUAUUAAAUGAUUGGUUUCAUAAAUUCUUAAGAAACACAUUUAAAGUUAAACGUCGUCAAGAAAUAACAAAGUUAUCAAAUAUGAUGAUUAUAAGAAGUACUAAAAAACAUUUAUUGGAAGAAGAAGGUGUUGUUUAUUGGAUAGAAUGCACGUGUAGCAACCCUAGUUUUUACGUUGGUGAAACAAAACGAAGAUUAAAGAUUAGACUGUCGGAACAUUUGGUGCCGUAAGGUUAAAAAUUAGUAAUUCUCCUGUCUUCCAACAUUGUAAUAGUAAUAAUUGUCAGAUAAAUAUUAAUAAAUUAAAAAUAAUUUUUAAGGAAAAAAAUAAUGUAAAGCGAAAGGUAAAAGAACACUUCGCUAUAAUUAUGCAGAACAAUAAUGUAAAUUUAAAUACCGGAAUGUUAACAGCAAAAUGCUGGGAAUUUUUUGUUAACCAUAUAAGUGGCUGUUCAAUAAGUUGACUGUUAGAACACACUGUGUACUGUAAACCCCACUGAAGAGACCGUAGGCGAAAUGCAUUUGCGAACCUUGUUAGUAAUAAUGUAAAUAAAAGUUUUUUCUC